AUGCAUCUCUGUGGACACUUUGUGUUCAAUUAUCAUGUGUUUGCAGAUGUAACUGAUAGUCAAGCCAAUUGUUACUGGAUGUUGUUUUUCACAAGUAUCGGAAAGUGUAUGGCCAAUCCGUUGAGAUUAAUGACAGGGAUUGACAGGUUGAUUGCUUGCAAGUCACCCGUCGUAUACCGUGCUCUUCUGGAACGCCCAAUCCUCUACGUCAUGGCGCAACUGGUACUCCCAUCCUCCUACACUACGUUCCUCAUGGUUUCAGGGUUCAUUCAAAGAGACCCCAAAACUCAAAUCUACUGCACGGUCCCCUUGGCCUUCGCGGGUCCCACAUUCUCUCAAUUCAACACCAGUGGAAUAUUUGUCAAUAUCGCCAUAGUAAUUGUCUAUUUUUUCACCUACCUCCAACUCCGAAGCUACGCAGGUGCCUCUCAAAUGAAAGUAGUCUUCCGCUCUAUUUUGUGGACUGUUAUCCUGGUCAUCAUCGGAUGGAGUAGUGUAACAAUCGCUAAUCAGUUUGCUAUAUUUGCCAAGGACGCCGCGACUCGGAAGCUCAUUUCAAUUUAUGCAGGGAUCGGUGUCAAUCUAGCAUGUGCUAGUAAUGUUUUCGUGUUUUAUACUAUCAACACAGAGUACAAACAUGCCAUUCGUCGCUUGUUCGGAUUAUCCAGUGCCCAGACAAUACGACUAACAAGUAUGGGUCCGAAGAGUACCACCAAAGUGAUUAUAACGACUACAUAA